AGGGCGUGUACUGUGCGUAAAACCAGCUUCUCAAGUCGUUCAGAGAGGGAAACGGAGACCAGGACGUCCAAGUCCCAAGCUGGAUUUACAGAGUGCAGCUGACAACGCAGCACACCACAGUACCUUCUUUGAGCUCCACGGUCCACAUCGGAGGAGAGGUACCCUAACUGGUUACAAGACAGGAUGAAGUUUGCAGUUUCGUGGUUUUGCCUUCUGCACUUGGCCCUUGUUGGUGCUGGACUGUUCUCCCGCCACGACCUUCACAGCAGUGUGUCAGGCCGCAGAAACCAAACCCCUCACAGCACAGGAUCGUUGAGCCAAGGUAGACAGAGAUCACUGUUUGCAAGGAGAGGACAUUAUGAACGACAAAGGAUUCAUGUGCCGAAGCCCAAAGAGGUUCCUGUUACUCCAAAUGGUCUGCCCCCUCCCACUAAAUCGGCACCCAAAGCUGUGCAGUCCACCUGUUCUGAGCUAACACAAAGCUGUCUGCCCCAGUCUGGCUGCUGUGACCCACGUGCCUCAUGCCACUGCCGCUUCUUCAAUGCAAUCUGCUUUUGCCGGUUAUAUAAGAACAAAACUUAAAGGACACCAGCACACCAAAACAGAGACACAAAAAUAAACUCAAACACACACUACUGGCUUAUGAACACAAAUGACAUUGUAGCCACACAAUGUGGAUGGGACAAUAUGCAUCAUCACACAAUUUCAGCCUGUUAAAGACAGUGAAUGGUCAUUUGAAGGAGUUUAAAGAUGUCUCUUCUACUGAUACUGAAGCCUACGGUCUCCUCAAACCUCUUCAUUCGUAUGUGAACUAUUUUAGGUAUAUUAUCAGUAUUAUCGUUAUCAUUAGUGUUGCUCUUAUUUUGGUAUUGCUGACAAUGCUGCAUUUCUUCAGUGUUUCACUUUCAAACACACCUGAAAACCUACCUGUUCACCAUGGCCUAUGGUCUUAUGGUCUUUUGUUAAUUAUGUUAUCCCUGGCAAUUACUGCUAUUGUUAUUCCGUGUUUUAGCGUUAUUUGUUUGUUUUGUUUAUUUGUCUGCCUUCAUCUGUGUAAAGCCUCCUUCAGUUCCUAGAAAGGUGCUAUAAAAACAUUUUAAUUAUUUGUCUAUAUAUAACUACCAUGAGCAUAUAGCUUCUCUAAUGUUAUUACCCUCAUGCAAAUGAAUUCAUGUGUUAUUUGUCUUCUUCAGUUGAUGGUCUUCAUCUGCAGUCUUUAAUGUGUCCAUUGAGGUAAAAAUUACAGUAUUUGACCUUGUAGCUUCCCAGACAUCUGUCAUUGUGAAUAUACAUAAACAAUUAAAAAAGCUUUUUUUAAUACCUCAGUGUGGUUCGGCAUCACAGUAACAUAUGGGUCUGAUGGGAACUAUGUAAUUUAUUUUUUUGUAAACAUUUAUGACUGUGACUCAACUAAGCAUUUCUUGAGACAGUGGCAGCCCAUUGUGUUGCCUCAGACUGAAGACAAUAUUAAAUACAUAGUUUCCUUAUUUGGGAAAUGAACAUACUCUUCCUCUUGCCAGGAGAUAUGUAAGAAGACUUAUACCACUGUCAUGUCUGUACAGUAAAUGUUAAGCUAAGCUAAGCUUAGGACUGGAAACAGAGUAACAGCUGGCGGUCGUCAAAAUUCUAUAUUCAAAAACUGUAGGGGAUGAUUUUAACACUGCUCUUAAACAAUAUUCAUGAAACCAAUAAGGUAAAACAUUAAACAUAUUGUCUUAGAACUGUUUUCAGCUGAAUAUAUGUCAGAAAGAUUAGCAUAUUAUCACAUUCUGUUUAUGUUUUUGGACUCAGGGCUAUAGAAUUUUCUAUGCUUGGGCAUAUAUGUAAAUGUGUUUUUGACUUUUCAGAUGCUACAAAUAAAUGCAUUUAACGCACACUGCAGUUU